AUGGCUCCAACUCAAGUACUCUUGUCAAAUCUGAAUCCUACGAAUACUGAGAGCUUCCGCAUUCAAGUUCAGGAAUUUAUCCCCGAUCGCUCUGUCAUUCUAUCAUUCUUUCAACGCGUAUUUUCCCAGUGCCGAGAGGCCGUGGACCAUGCUGCUGAACGGAUUUCACACUCGGAUCUGAUCCCAAGGGUGAUCGCAUUUUUCCAAGAAUGGGCUAGUCAAACGAUAGAAUGGCUAUCGCAACCUGAUGUGAUUGCGGUCGUGAUCGCCUGGUCAAUUGCCUUUACGGUGGCUCUUAAAUUUUUGGCCAAGGCAGCACUCGCAUUAUUGGCAACUCUUGGGUUUGGGUCCGUUGGCAUUAUCUCAGGAUCUCUUGCGGCCGCUUUCCAAGCACUCGCGUACGGUGCCUUCACUCCAGCACAAAGUCUCUUUGCGGCCUUGACCAGUAUAGCGAUGGUUGGUGGACUACCACCAGCUCUAGUCAUAGUAGGUGCUGUGAUUAUCGCAACCGUUAUUGCAAUGAUUGCGGAUCACGAGGCUCUGCUGCCGAAACCGGACAUGGAAGAGGGGAAGAACAUUCGGUGCGGGGAUGCCAUCAUCGCCUCAACUCCUCCCAAAACGCAAUCUUCAACUUUCUUCACAUCUCUCGCAUCUCAUGACAACUCACACUGUCAAAGCACCAACCUAGGUGGUAUCUGGUACCGUAUUUCAUCUCUAGCAGUAGCUGGCGCUAUCAUCGCCAUUGGCUACAUCUUAUCUGAUGAUCUCGGCUGUCUGAUUCUUGAGGACUCUGAUGGCGGGAGCAGCGUCAGCAUGGUGAUAUUUGUCGAUCUAGAUUGCGAUGACGCUUUCUCUGAGCAGCCCCACCACCAACAUGGAUCGCCGUACACGUUGGAGAAACCAUUUGCGCUUAGAUUGGAACAUGCACGCGUCGGUCUAGUUCAACCUUCUGAGACUGUUCUCAUUUCGGCUUCUUCGGAGGGACAGCGCGACGCAGGCUCAAGUUCUAACGCACCCGAAAGCGCACCUGUUGCCGACAAUGCUAACAGGUGUGCCUUCUCGGCUGCGCUGAGCUGCUAUCCUAUCGUCAAAGAGAUUGCUCGUGCCGUUGACCUGAAUACUCUUCACGCCUUGUCUAGAACCUGUCGUCAAUUCCAUGUCAAUCUGGCGCAAUUUCGACAUCAACUCAUUCGGGAGACUUUGCGCUGCGAGAACGAGUACAUCGAGACGGUGGCAGAUAUGCUGGAUGCGGGCGCCAUCGUUCCAAAUAGCGUGAAAUCAGUCCUUCACUUGUUGAGUCAGAAUAGCCACGGAGCAGGCCGGAUCACUCGAGGCAAGGUGGGAAAAUGUGCGCGUGACAUGGUCGGUGAAUGUCGACGCUGCCAGAAAAUCGUAUGCAGAUGUGGACAGACCUUACGGAGUAACGACACAACUUAUCGACGAGUUUGGGCAUGGCGCACGCGAUACAGCACGUAUCUGGGCGGCGGAUUGGGUACCGGUAUCGGCGAAGGAAGCCAGGGCGUGAAAUGCGGUCGCGGCCAAGACUGUCUUGCUGCGAAAGAAAUUGAGCUCGAGGUCGAUUGUGAGGCAGAUGAGGGCGUCAGUGAUGCCAGCAGCUCGAGCCAUAGCCCGCCCAGUCAUGGCCCGCAUUUUUCUCCUCAUCACCGCCAUCAUCACCGCCAGCAUUCGAGUCACUAUGACCCCAUCUCAUCUGAUGGCCAUGAUGAAGAACCGGGCUAUUUCCGACAAGAGAUCAUCGGUUUGGGUGGAUUGAUGAAACAAAAGGCCAAGAAGCGAGUGCUCGUGGGCGCUUGUGUGGUCGAGUACGAAGACGAGCGAGAGACGGGGAAAUAUCUCGAGCGAGAAGAGUGUGGUUCAUACCGAGCCUGGUGCGGAUGGUGUUCGAGAGUGAUACCAGCUAAGAAAGAGCUUGAGUGA